ACUUGAAUUUUAAUAUCCGUACCAUUUGCUUUACCUUUAUUUGUCAGGUAAACAUUUAAACUAUCAUAUCGAUCUAUAUUAGUUCCAAAUGUGUUGUUUGUUGACAUUGGAUUUCAUAUACCAUUGCUUUUAUUAGCACCGGUUGACUGUGUUAUGUUAAUAGAUCGUUAUGAUUUGAUCGAGAUAUAAGGAUUUUAAUUUUUGCUAGUAACAGGCGAAAAACCGGUUUUUCACAAUAAUGCCUCUGGCGAAGUUAUAUUCAUUUCUACACAAAAACAAAUGUUGCCACUAUGCUCAGCGUAGUCGAUUACCUAUAAUCCAUGGUAUUCUGAGAUUUCCAGAGAUGUCUGCUCGGAGAUAGACACGUGCUCGGGUAAAGCGAGCCCUGCCCGAACGACGAUAGCUAGAGAGCCGGGAGUUGCAUAAUUUUGUAGAGUAACGUCCGAACUAUCUACGCAUGCAAAAAAGCUACUAACAUUGUAUGUUAGUUUUCGAAGAACGGAGCUGGUUUUCCAAAGAUCCUCUGGAAACCCGAGCUCUGGAAUUUUUUCAAAAGUUGCUUUCGCUUGUGAAAAGUUCUGCUCAAGUUUUGGCUAUUGAACAGUGAAAAUCGCAGGUCUCUAUCUCAUUCCUAUCAAAAGUUAUUCAAAAAGUGGCACCCGGCACUGUAUUUUGGUAUGGAUAGUAGUUAUUCCUUAUCAACGCCAGAACUGCUUAAACUUAUUCAUUUCUAAUAAAAAACAUACAGUCGAAAACCAACUUGUCAAUUAAAAUCGAGAUUUAUAUUUUUGUUUGUUGUUUCCUUGUGUUUUAUUGCGUAAAACCACAAAGUGCCAGAGGAAACAUUUUUUUGAUUCUCUGCGCGUGAAAACGAUUGAAGUUAGACCAUGAAAACGCGUUUCCGUUUUUUUGCGCAUUUUGACAAAAACUUCCGCAUUUCUGACUUGAGCAUCUGGCAACUCUGGUUGUGAGAGCCGUUAGUCUAAUAUCUGAACUUGCUUGCAAAUUAGAAAGAAUCGAGUAUAGAUCCUGACUAGUAUGUAUAUUGUGUACAAUCAGCCGGACGCAGAUGCGAAUCUAAAGAUUUGAAAAAGUAUGGGUACGUAUCUGAUUCGAAACAAGUGGACUAUAGAAGGAGAUUUCCAAAAAUUUAUGCAGGUAGGGUAUUGUAGGGAACAACAUAAAUAGAAAACUCAAUAAUUGUAUGAAGAACGCUGACAUCUUUGUUUCUUCUAAAACGUAGCUUUUUAACUGAUGAAAGUUAGAACUGUAGGAGAUAUCACCAUCUGAGACUGAUCAUACGGUUUUUGUUGCUGCAUUACAUGGAAUGGUGACUGCGUACGCAUUGGCACAAAUAUUUACAGUAUUAUUUGGUCGUGUUGAAUUUGCUGCUAUCGACACAGAUCGCAAUAAAUAUCCCAUCGGUAUGUAGAUAGGAAGCUCAACUAUAAAAACUUAUUUAAAAUACAUCUAAUUUGGGGUCUGGUCGUGUUAUAUUUGUUGAUAUGCAUUCUUAUUUUUCUGCAAUAACAGCCAAUUACAUUUUCAUUGAUUGUGAUCGAUUUUCAAAAGUGAUAAGUAUGACAGUACUUUUCUUUUCAAGUGGUUAGCCAUAAAGAUGUAAAGGAGGUAUCUGAGAGGGAUAUUUUAUAUAGCAAAUCAAUAGUGAACGCCAAAUUAUCCGGUCACAAAAGUAGUGGGGCGUCUGUAUUCUAAAUAUUUCAGUUUUUAGAUUAAAAUUGAUCCAUACCCGAUCGAUACCCAUACAUGCAGUGGUGCCGAUGAUAAACAAUGUUCAAAUACCGGUCAAUAUUUUUGUCGUAGUUUAAAAUGUUGGAAAUAUUAUUGUGCUAAUUGUUGGAGUAUUAAACAUUCGAUUGAUCCAAAAAAAGCACAAGAAUUGAAUGUGUAUGAUGCAGAUCGAUCAACUCCGGCUAUGAUUCAUAAACCAUUGAUGCGUAAUGCACGUUCACAGUAA